UUUAAAAGCGAGAAACAUCUGCACAAUAGCAGGAAAGUGCAUGAAACCGCAUUGCCGGGCUCGUUUUUUGCGUUUUUUGGCGUUUUUGUUGGUGUGAAUGAAAGAGAGGGGAAGCAAAAGAAGAAGAAAAAGAAGAGAGGAGCUGCAGGUUUUGGAAUGGGAGUGGAUCUGUCAGUGUGAUUUUGGGUAAACACGUUUCCAGUGUUCAACUUUUAUUUCUCCACGAACCUGGCGAGCUCGAACCCUCUCUUGUUGCACCGCGGAACGGAGAGAGUUCCGUGCUACACCCCCUUUUCUCAAGUCUUCAUAGGAACUGCUUAAACUUUCUAGGUUUAAAAAAAUAAAUAAAAAGAUCGGAUUGCAUUUUUUCCCCCCCUUCAAACAUCUCGGAGGUGAUGUCAUCUUGCGGUGUUUUGGCUGGUAUCGUGUCGAGGAGGCUGGGAGAGAAGGACUGCAGCCGGGCGGCAACCAGCGGCUGAGGGCGGCGGGCAAGUCCGGAAAAUCAGGUGCAAAGUGCGGCUGUCAUUUCCUCUCCGACUCCGCCACCCAGUCACAGCUGUUCCCGUCCUCCGCAGCCACCCCCUCCUUCGGUGCACUCCCUUUAAGCCGGACCGCUCCGGGACCCCGUCGACCUUUGUGAGUGUGGGUGUCACCGGAGACAACACCGGGAGGGGAACAUGACCGAUGCAGCCUUGCAUCACCCUGCGCCCGCAGAGGCUCCAUCUCCGACCGGUUGUGCGCUCCAUGAGCCUGCUAAGGUAGCCGAGAACCUCCAACAGUUCCUGGACUGCUGGGACUGAACCCGCCCGUCUUCUCGGAUCGAACCUCUUCGCUACCUUCCACGUAUAGCGCACAGUUCCAUGGACACAUCUCACCGUUGAGACGUUACGCAUUGGAUUACGCACGCCAUUACGCACGCAUCGCAUCCUUUCACCGGGCUUCUGUGGGUCGCGAAUCUUUUUUGGAGUUUGGAAUCCCCUAAACAGUGCGCACGAUUUCACCUGUUCUCUUCUUUGCCGGGGGCGCGCAUCGUUUUAAGGCUUAACAUUUUGCGCCCCCGCCCACUCGCCUCCGGCGUGGACAAGCAGCUGUUUGAGGUUGCCCUGCGGUCACAGUGGCCCGGCCGCUCCGGCCUCAGACCCCAGCCUGCCCACGGCCGCAUAUUUAUCAUCCACGCUGUGGGAAGUGGGCCACGUCGCCGCCGAUGCCAACUGGAGUGACCGCUGACAUUUUGACUCUGCUUCACAUCCACCGGAUUUCAACUGCAGAGGGAAUCUCUCCGGGUUGCCGGACUGGCUCAGGCCGAGCGAGGAGACCGUCUCUGGGCCAAGUUCCAUAGUGGAGUCGGGAAGCAAUGUGGCCCCUUCUUUCCAUGCUGACCGUCUUAUGUAUCCAGAUGUUGCUGGUGAUGUGCAAUCCAUUACAGCAGGUGUUCGGUGUGGAUGGGGUCAACUUCAGCGUGCAUGUGGAGAACCAGACGCAGGUGCGAGACACCAUGAGUCGAAGACACCACCGCGUUUACCAGCUCUACAGUCGCACCAGCGGCAAACACGUCCAAGUGCUGGGACGCAGAAUCAGCGCCCGGGGAGAAGACGGAGACAAAUAUGCCCAGCUCGUAGUGGAGGCAGACACCUUCGGAAGCCAGGUGAGAAUCCGGGGCAAAGAAACCAACUUUUACCUGUGCAUGAACCGCCGAGGCAAACUGGUAGGAAAGAAGGCCAGUAACAGAAGCGCCGACUGCGUCUUCGUGGAAAAGGUUCUGGAAAACCACUACACGGCUCUGAUGUCAGCACGCUACACGGGCUGGUAUGUGGGCUUCACGAAAAGAGGGCGCCCACGCCGCGGCCCCCAUACGCUCCCAAAUCAGCAGGACGUACACUUCAUGAAGCGGUUCCCUCCUGGGGAGCAACCUGACCUUACUACACCGUUUCGCUUCACUACUAUCAGUAAGCGAGGCAAGCGGGUGCGCGCUACCGGACCGCGCUAGUUUGUGGCCCGCGUUCUAAAAUCCCGGACCCCGACCCCGCUUGGCUGAAGCAGUGAAACGAAAAUCACUGAACACGACAAAACAUUGACAAGAAACUCGAUGAAUCAUUUAUGGGGUUUAUUUUGCCACUACCGCCCCCCCCCCCCCCCUUUUGUUGUAGAUUACUCCUCGCAGAUUUUUUUUAUUCCUUUCUCGGACCAUCUCGGUGGUCCAUCACUGGAAGCGAUACGGACUUGGUCUGCUUCCCUUCACGGAGCAGAACUAUUGACAGAAUACCUGAAGGGCAGCCAAAGCUCACGGUUCGACAAAGGUCUUCAUUCCACAGCCACAAAAAAAAAAAAAAAACACAUGGCCUCCUGUUGUGGACCAGCUGGACAACAUCAAGAACGGAAUUACAACCGGACCAUGGCGAGCGAGGACGAGCGUGAAAAGGAGCAAGUGCGAGCUCCGUCUGAAAAGGAAAAAAAAAAAACUACAGCGAGAACGAAAGGGAUGGAACGGACCAAAAAAAAAUGGCCGACAUGUAACGCACUUAGCUGUGAGUGACGGAUGUAUGAACGGAUGACAGACUCACUUAAUACACGCAUGUUUUUAACAUGACGAUGAAGAAAUGUAUGUCGCAAUGUUUGCUCGAGGAACUGGAAUUAUAUCAAACAAAUGUACAGUAAACCUCGGAUAUAUCGGAUUCAAUUGUUCCCACUGGUUUUAUCCGAUAUAAGCGAAUAUAUCCGUUAUAUGCGUAUACCGGAAAAUGUCCGUUUUACGCAUAUAUCGGAUUUACGUAUAUCCGGUAUAUGCGUAAAUCGGAUUUUAUCCGUUAUAAAAAAGGCACUUCCUUGACUAUGUUUCCAAUGUACCUGGACGUCGUAUAGCGGCCUGUCACGAUUCGGCGAAUCGGAGCGCCACGAUGCGGCCAUCCGAUAUAUGCGAGGGGAAUUUCAUGGAAAUGCAUUGGAACGGGACUGGAGAUUUUAGGCGAAAUAGGCCGAUAUCCGAUAUAUGCAAUGAAUUUUUAUUGGAAAUGCAUUACAGAAAAAUCGGUUCUUUUUUUAUCAUGUCCGUUGUGAGCGAAUUUCCGAUAUAUCCGAGUCCGAUAUAUCCGAGGUUUACAGUGAGCAACCAAAGACGAGCAAAAUGGCGCCUCUCUUUUUCUUAGGCACUCUCAGCUCGGAUGAGGUGAUAGUCGUGAUGAUGAUGAUGAUGAUGAUCACACAAGGGAAGGUGCCUUCUCCACAAGCAUUGCUAUAGAAACGAGCCGGGGGGAACGAUGCCCCCUGUGCGAUUCCCGUGGAAACAGAAUGCUGCUACCAGAGGACGUUCAGUGGAAUAAAAACCAAAGUCUCAUUCAUACACGGGAGAACUAAAUA